AUGUCGUCGUCGACGUCGAGGUCGGGGUAUCGCUACGCGUGCGUGUGCGCGGCGAAUUUCAAUCGAUCGAUGGAGGCCCAUCGCGUGUUGCUCGAAAACGGCUUUGACGUGAAAUCCUACGGCGCCGCGUCCAGGGUGAAGCUUCCGGGGGCGUCCAGGGACGACCCGAACGUGUACGACUUUGACGGGACGUCGUACGAGGAGAUUUUACGGGAUCUGCGGUCCCAGAGCGAGGAUUUGGUGAAGAAUUACGAAGAGCGAGGCAUGUUUGACAUGUUGGUGCGAAACGCGAAGAUUAAACGGUGUCCAGAGCGAUGGAAGACGCAUCGAGAGCGAGGGGAGACGUUUGACGUCAUCGUGUGCUUCGAAGAACGGGUUUUCGACUUGGUUGUGAUGGAUUUGAGAGCGGCGGGGGGGGCGCGAGACGCGGCGUUGGUGGUGAACCUGGACGUCAGGGAUUCGUACGAAGGAAGCGCGGAGGCGGCGCCGCGGGCGUUGAGAUUGUGCGAACGUUUAGAGCGGUGUGAGGAGGGCUGGGAGGGGGAGAUCGACUCGAUCGUGGAUGAGUUCGAGCGCGAGGAGGGGCUGCGGGCGCUGUAUUGCGUGUGUUUUUACUAG